CUGGUGCCUUGACCGCCGCGCCGGGAGAAUGAGGUAUUAACAGGUCCGGUUUAUGGAUGGGAUGAGCCUUGGGCGGUUUGCAUGUGCGUCAACGAAGCGUACAGACUAAAGAAGUUUUGCUUUGCAAGUUGCGUUUCCUCUGGCUUAGCUCCUCUGUUCGACAUGGGACUGUCGGCCUCGCCUUCCUUUAGGUUUUGCAGCCGCUCAUCGUGGGAGAUGAGAUUUUCUUCCAGUCCCUGCACGUGGGCCUCUUGCAGAGGUGUUCCUGGGCUUUGCUUUUCUCCUUUCUUCUAGGCCAUGAUAUUUGCUAGCAUCGAGUCUGUUCCUUUUCUUUUUCUCGCUUGUGUUUGGCCGCAGCAAUCAGGGUUUUGUGGCCCUGAUUUGCUGUUUGCUUGGGAACAAGGGGUCACUGGUGCAUCGUUACUGCUCAUGGUGGUGGACAGAUGUAUGUUUAGGGCACAUCUUGCUAAUCUCUGAAGUGAAGCAGAAAGUUGAUGAAACUGCAAAAAUUGCAUUUGUUUCCAAAAUACCAAAGCCAACCAACUUGAACAACCCCUCCACUUCAACGUUCCCCCCUCCCCCACGCCUUAUGUAUUACAGAAAAACAUUAGUUACUGCAUGUCCCCAAAAAAUUGCUGGAGAUGUACCUUUGGGCUGUUCUUUUUCCUGGUUUAACCAAAUAUUCUUUGAAUAAUCCUGUUAACUUCAUUUAGCUGAACCGAUUUCUUCCCUCAGUCCUCCCGUAAGACAAUGGAAAAGAACGUACUUGCAAACCCUCUGUAAGCGUUCAGAAAACGAGGUGUAAAAGCAUGUGAAUACUGCUCAUACUCUAUGUCUUGGAAACUAACAUUUUUCUGUUCCUUCAGGUGCUUCGUCAGUUUGUAAGACAUGAGUCUGAUACAGUCGGCUCGUUGGUACUCGAAAGGUCCAUGAAUCGUGUUCAGUUACUCGGUCGGGUUGGACAGGACCCCGUCAUGAGGCAAGUGGAUGGAAAAAAUCCCGUUACCAUAUUUUCUCUUGCAACCAAUGAGAUGUGGCGAACAGGGGAAAGUGAGGUAACCCAGGGAGGUGAUAUCAGUCAGAAGACGACAUGGCACAGGAUCUCUGUUUUCAGACCCGGCCUCAGGGAUGUUACGUAUCAGUAUGUGAAAAAGGGUGCUCGACUCUAUGUCGAAGGAAAGAUAGACUACGGUGAAUAUACGGAUAAAAACAACGUGAGGCGUCAGGCCACAACAAUUAUAGCAGAUAACGUAAUUUUUCUGAGUGAUGGUGGUAUGAGAGAAAAGGUGUGAGGUCAUUAGUGCUUGGACCCAGGCCAUUUCAUUCCUUUUGGUUUACAGUGCUUCAUAACUGUGUAAUCAUGUAUAUCGCUGUAGUUUCUUUAAAAAAAAAU